CAGUGUAAGUGUAUCAGAAACUGUAGCAAGCAUGGAAUCCGGGAGGGGACAGAAUGGAAUCCAACUCCUUCUAGCUGCAGAACAAGAAGCUCAGCACAUUGUUAAUACGUCCAGGAACACAAAAUUGGCUAGAUUAAAACAGGCAAAGGAUGAGGCAGAGAAGGAGGUUGCUCAAUUUCGUGCUCAAAUGGAAGUCGACUUUAAGACAAAGCUUUCAGAGAGUAGUGGGGACUCAGGUGCUAAUGUGAAGCGGCUCGAGCAAGAAACAGAUACGAAGAUCCAAAACCUGAAGACAGAAGCUGAUAGAAUAUCCCAGGAUGUAAUGCAGCUGCUGCUGAAGUAUGUGACAACCGUGAAGAAGUAGGAUCUUGUCUAAGCUUUGAUGGAUGAAGCAACAUAAAUGCUUCAUCGCGUCUGCAUUUUUUCAUUCAAUUUUCCUUUCCAGAUCGGCGAUAACUUAAUGUUGUUUUGUCUCUUUUCAUUAUUGUAUUUAUGAGGUAAAUUUGGUUGGUUGCAUUUCUAUCUUUUAUGAAAUAAAUUUAGU